GUAGAUACCUAUUCACAUGCUACAGCUUAUAAUACCUCAUUUUCGGUGAGUGCGAAAAUUUCAGCAGUUUCAGAGGUUGGCGAAUAACUUUAUUUUAUAAACGAUUAGUGCGAGCUUUGCUUUAAUAAAGUUGUUAUUAAUUAUGCCGGGCCCAAAAAACUUAUUGUGACUGAUGUUACCAAAACUUUUGGAAUCUUUGAACGGGGUGUGUGGAAGCGGACGAGUGAACGACAAAGGAUUUUAGAUGACAGAACAAUUAGAAGCAUGGAGAAUCUCACAACUUUAAAACCCUAGAUUUAUACCUCAAUAUAAAAUAUAACAAAAUGGGUCUACUUUGACAUCUUCUCUUGGCACAAAGGAAAUUCACGAAACGCCAUGAUAGGGGCGACACCGACCAGUGCUUGCGGCUAAUAAUGAUCUUAUUGGCUGCUGUUAUACUGUUAAACGGAGCACAUAUAGUUGGUUCGAUGCCCGGAGGUCCCGGGGUUCCGGAAAAUAUAACCGUUACUUUUCUUAACCCUACUUCUGUUCGAGUUUCCUGGUCUACAUCUGUUGAUAACGUGUACAAGUACGACGUUACGUAUAAGCCAACCGAUGCCAGUUACAGGGUGGUGGCGGUGGUGGCUGGUAACUCUCAAGCUGUGACGUUGAGUGGAUUGAAAGCAGAUACGCAGUAUCAACUGACAGUUGCCGCCGUUUGGGGUGGGAAAAGAUAUCGAAGUCGGCCUAUAGUCUUCCGCACGCUGGAGCCUCCACGAACAUCUCCACAACAAGAUAUUAUGGGCGUCUUUGCCACAGGUGUUCCGUCAUCCCCCACAAAUCCAGAACCACCCGAUUUCGAAUAUCCACAAACUAGUUCCACGGUAAGGGGCGUAGAAAUAGGUAUAGUACUACUGGUGCUUGUCGUCUGGAUAGGAGCCAUAGCGUUAUUUUUUAAUCGAUGGGGUAAAAUUAGAAUGUUGCUGCCAUAUCAACCGGACUAUAAGGAACAAUUAAAGGUGCCUGGAACGGCAGCGUGUGCGGCCGCCGUUGCUUCGGGGAAUACUUGUAGCCACAACUCCGGGGAUCACAUGUGCUCGCAGAAAUGCCGCGCGGAGAAGGAAGUGAAGAUUCAGUCACCUCACCACCAACGUUCCCGGACUAAUUCUGCAAUAUUUAUAUCUAAUAGUGGACCUGGGUUCGAUUCUAAGGAGUUUAUGCGUAGGUAUGGAUCCAUAUCAAAACUUUGUAGAAGAGCACGAAGCGUAGAUAAUCUAUCCUUGGAAGAGGAAGGUCAUUUUGGGUUGCCAACCUUGUCGAUAUCGGGACCGUCGCCACCAGGUGAAGACGAACCCAGCGAAACUGAAAGAUUCUUACAAUAAAGCUUCCAGCUUCAAAAUUCUUACGUGUCCAGGUCGAGUGAAUUGACGAACUUCUUUACAAGUUUAUACUAUCGGCGUAAUUUGUAUAGUAUUAAAUUAGUAUCCGUCGUGGCUAGUGGGAGCAAUAAAAUAAUUAGUGAAACUCAAAACGGUGUGCCAAGACCUGCUAAGUUAAACAAUUAGUGGUUAGUGAUUAAUUACCCCAUUAAUUUUUAUGUAUACACUUUAGAGUAUUUUUAGGACUUUUUUAGAGAAUGUAGCAUGUGCUGUCCACCUAAAGUAUGUGUACAUACACAUUAAAUUUUAUAUUUGAUAUCAAUAUCUAACUGAAUAAAGCUUUUUUCAUAGUGGUAAGGGACCAAAGUAGGUACCAACUGAAUGUUUCCGCAUUAUGUUUGUAUAAGGACCAGGCAUUUCUACUUCUCCAUUUGUUUGUGUUUUUAUCUGUGGUAGCAUGUAAGAACUACUUGCUCAAACGGUAGCAAAUUGCUCUGCAUUACUUCUAAAGUGUGAUUUCGCAAUGUGCUGACCAACUAAAAUCUUCCAUAUCAAUAAAUCAUAUUGCGCGCUUGAGGAAUAAAGUGGAGCAAUUUCAUCUUUAUUUUAAGAUCGAAUCUAAAUUUCAAUUACGAACAAUUUAUCAAAGGAGGUAUUUCGAUAGAGACUGAAAAGUUUAUUCAAUUAAAACUGGGCACAAAUUUUUUUAAUGCAUAUCACAGUGUGUUUUAUAAAAAAUUUCAAAUAUGGCGUAAGAAAUUUAAAUAGGUACUGAUGAUUUAUGUCAAUUCAACAUACUGCUUCAGAGGAAUACCCUGCAAAACCAUUUUUCCUUACAUGGUGGGACAAUAAUUAAUAAAUUUGGUCCUAUAUCGAACACACAAAGAGGAACUCUCGUGUAUCGGUACUCUCUAAGUAGUUACGGCCAGGGAGAGCUUAAUUAAUUUUCAAUAUCACUGUGAUUCUAAUGCCUUCUAUAAAUAUCUACUUAUUAUUUGUAAUGAUAAGUAUUUGAUCAUAAAAACGUGCUGUACAUAAGGAUUUUGCCACACACAUCUCCUUUAUGUAGAUAAAAUGCAUCAUGUAAAUUACAAACCUUCUCCUACAUUAAAUUAACUUUACUUACUUCAUUUUAUUGUAUUUAUUAUUUUUAAUUUAUAAAUUUAUAUCAGUGUAAAAUAUCUAAUAAAGAAGUGAUACCA